AUGACGCAGAUCUAUUCUGUGGACAUCGAGCAGGGAUGCGUCAUUCAAGUGGAGAAGCUGGUCUCGCUCUACUGCAGCAAGGACCGCGGUGUGGGCAACGUCGCCGAUUCGGCCAUCGAUGACAUUCAACGCCACCACAUGAAGCGCUAUUACAAUAUCUUCAGCCUCCACCAAAAGAUCUGGUCGGAAAUCUGGCGGCGUGUGGAUGUCGACAUCGAACUCACGCCCGAGGAGGCCAGUCCCACGCUCAAGCGCGAGCACCUCGAAGCGGUCAAGAAGGAAGAGCGCGAGCUGCGCGUGCUCAACGGGAGUGAAGAAGACCCGUCCUCCGAAGAGUUCUUCAGGGCAACCACCGCCAAAGAAAAGAUGGAGAGAGUGGAGCACCUGCCCCUUACGAAGUACUCGGACAUCGCCAAGGCCACGAACGAGGAGGACCUCCUCGCCGCCGCCUCCCGCCAUCUGCAGCUGGUGCUUCGCUUCAACAUGUUCCACCUGACCCAGACCGUGUCCUUCAACACCAUCGGCCUCGACACGUCCAUUCCCGCUCGGGGCCUCCACGGCGAGUCCUACCGCGGUCACAUUUUCUGGGACGAGCUGUUCGUGUUCCCGAGCUACAACCUGCGUCUGCCGGAGGUCACCCGUACCCUGCUGCUCUACCGGUUCUACCGCCUCGACGCUGCACGAGACCGGGCCAAGCAGCUGGGCUAUUUUGGCGCAUGCUAUCCCUGGCAAAGCAGCAGCACGGGAAAGGAGGAGACGCAGGAGGUGCACUACAACCCCAUGAACAAGACCUGGGGUCCCGACUACUCGUCCAACCAGCUCCACGUCAACAUCGCCGUCUUCUACAACAUCUGGGACUAUUACAAUGUGACGGGCGACCGCAGUUUUAUCGCGCUCUACGGUGCCGAGAUGAUGCUCGAGAUUGCCCGCUUCUGGGGGCUCAAGGCCAUCUACAACGAAAAGACCGACCGCUACGACAUCGAUGGCGUGAUGGGUCCGGACGAGUUCCAUGAGAAGUACCCGGACACGGACAAGGCCGGGCUGAAGAACAACGCCUACACCAACGUGAUGGUGGCGUGGCUGCUCGACAAGGCCCUGCUGGUGCUCAAUCAGCUGCUGCCGGAGGCCCGGCGCCAGGAGAUGAUGAGCCGGCUCCACCUGUCCAAGCUGGAGCUCGACCGGUGGGAGCACAUCACGUUCCGCAUGGCCGUGCCCUUCCUCACCGAGACCCCCGGCAUCAUCGCCCAAUUCGAAGGCUGGGAACAGCUCUUGGACCUCAACUGGGACGCGUACCGCAAGAAGUACGGCACGAUCAACAGAAUGGACCGCAUUCUCAAGUCCGAGGGCGAUUCGCCCGACCGAUACAAGCUGGCCAAGCAGGCCGACACCUGCAUGCUCUUCUACCUCCUUCCCGAGCAGGAGCUCCUUCGCAUACUCGCUCAGCUCGGGUAUCCGUUCACGCGGGAGCUGAUCCACAAGAACAUCACCUACUACCUCAAGCACACCUCGCACGGUUCGACGCUGUCCUACGUGGUCUUCGCCCACAUUCUCCACAAGUUCGACUCCAAGAAGGCCUGGAAGUUCUAUCGCACCUUCGUCAUGAGCGACAUCGGCGACACCCAAGGAGGGACGACGAGCGAAGGAAUUCACGUCGUGCCGCUUGCGGCGUCGAUCAACAUGCUGCUGAUGCAGUUCUGCGGUAUCGACACCAGCUACAACGCCAUUCGCAUCGACCCGCACCUCACCAAGGUCAUCAGCCGCCUCGCCUUCCGCUUCAGCUAUCAGCACCAGUGGAUUCGUGUGAAGCUGUACGACUCGGUGCUUACGGUAGCGGUGGACGGAGACUCGGGAAGCGAGGACAAGGUGCCCAUCAUCAUCCGCGACACCCUCCACUUCCUCCUGCCCGGGUCCAAGAUGCAGUUCCACCUGCCCUGA